UUUGAAUUUAUUUCCGAAUAUUUUUCUCCGAAAAAUCAAUCGAUAAAUGGAUAUCAAAGUGAUUCGCGAGAAGUUGACCCUGACAACGUCGAUUACGAGCGAAUCGGUCGCCGAAUACGAGCACGAUGUCGACGAAUGUUGUCGCCUUCUGGAGCACAAGCUCGAGCUGGAAAUGGAGAAGAAGCUGCAACUGAGCAAUCGGAUCGAUGUCGUUCAGUCGCAGGUCACCGAACUUUGGGAUCGCGUGGAUAAGGCGAGACGUCGCGAAUCGGACAUCUCGUGUCGCGUCACCGCCUGGGCUCAGCAUUUGUCGGAGAUGAUGAAUGAGGUGAAGCUGAAAAAGGCUAAGAUGGGCACAACGAUGGAAAUAUCCGCGACACUUUCUGCUGAAAUUCAAGAAAGUCUGGAUUUACUCGCGGAAAAGCGAGUGAUUGUUCAGAGAAUGCGGGAGGAAAUCGACUAUCGUCGCCACUUGCACAAGCAACAACUCAAAGAUUUGAAGCUGGAUUGUGACAGAGAGGAGGAGAAAUGCGAAUAUUGGAAUGAUAAAAGCGCUGAAAUCGAAAAAGUUGUGGAAAUGCUCAAAGAGCAACGCAAAUCGCUUGGCGAACGUGUUGAAGAGGAGAAACGAAUGGAGCAGGAGCAGAAGAAGAUGCUGGAAGAGCUUGAAAUGUUGUUGAAGAAAACUGGGAAGAAACGGCAGAUUUUAGAUGAAAACGCCAAUUUGGUGGCUUCUUUCUCCAGUUUGACCGAGGAAAGCUCUUAAUUUUUAUGUUUUUUUCUUCAAAAGCAUUUUUUUUGUGUGUUUUUUCCUCAAAAUAAAUCAUUUUUAAUUGUUU